ACAGCGAGAGCGAGAGAGCGCAACCCGCACUCGACGCAGCUGGCAUAAGGAACUCCACUUGGCCCAGCUGUCUGAGGGAGUGACAGCCACCGCCGCCGCCGCCACCACCAAUAAGCCGAGGCCCCACCACUGUAUGUCACGCGCUCGUAGGGGGAGGAACGCAGUGUCGCCGCGAGAGGGGGAGGAAAGCCCGGCCGUUUCCCCAGCUUUUCCGGGUCGUGUUGCGUCGCCGAGGGGGAGUGGAAGGUCGUCCUCGAGUGCUGGAGUGUGAGCUAGAGUAGUGUUGUUCUACAGCGUCGAGGAGGAUGCGUUGUGAUCGAAGUGUUGUCGUGUGAAGUGCUGUGGAAGUGAGGUGUUCUUUAUCAGUGUGUUUUUAUGCUGUUAUCCGGCCUGUGAUUGACGCCUGGCUGGCCGGCAGGUGAUAGCGAGAAACGCCAUCAGUGAUACGUGUUGUGCCCCUCGAGUCGCGCCCGUGGUUGUCGUGUCGUGGCUGGCAGAGGGCGGAGCGUGCAGUGAGCGGGCGUGUGCGUGUGUGUGUUAGGCAUAGCAAGUCACCCACAGCGGAAACGAGUGAUCAGGGCCCGUGAUGGGCGGCCGCGCUCGCCAUGUGUAGCGGGGAGGCGAGGCUAUCACGCCAGAGAUGCGGGCGGGUCUGAGGAUGGGUGUGGAUGUGGAUUUGGGGGUCGGCCGCGUGUAACGGAGUGGCGGUGUGGGCGAGCCAUGCCCACGGUCGCGGACGCUGUGACACGCGUCCUCUGCAAGUGCACGGUUCAUUUUCAUCCAGUAUGACAUGGGCGCCUGUGUGGGCACCCGCAGCAAGCAGGCAGAGGCUCUCCUAGCGGCGCGGCCGCUGCCGGACCUGCCUGACGUGGUGAGCGGGAGCGGGGGUGGCACCCUAGAUCCCAUGGGCGGGCCAGGCCCCCCGGAGUCUCAGCACGUGGGCGCCACCUUUGUCAGCACUAUCCAGUCCGCGCUCCCCGCCCAUGUCGCGCAAAGCCCGCUGCCCGUCUCCGUCUCCGCCGCCGCCGCCGCCGUCGCCGCCGCCCAGGUCACCUCCGCGACGCCACUUGGCGACGCGAACACCACCAACGCCGCGGCGACCAAGUGGCACUCGCGCGAGAACCUGCUGGCGCCCGAGGAGGAGGGCGACCCGCAGCUCUUCGUGGCGCUCUACGAGUUUCGAGCCCAGGGCGAGAACCAGCUCACUCUCAGGAAGGGCGAGCAGGUGCGGGUGCUGAGCUACAACAAGUCGGGCGAGUGGUGCGAGGCGCAGGCGGGGUCGGGGGAGGUGGGCUGGGUCCCCUCCAACUACAUCACGCCCGUCAACUCCCUGGAGAAGCACUCCUGGUACCACGGCCCCAUCUCCAGGAACACGGCCGAGUACCUGCUCUCGUCGGGCAUCAACGGGUCGUUCCUGGUGCGGGAGUCGGAGAGCUCGCCGGGCCAGAGGUCCAUCUCGCUCCGCUACGACGGCCGCGUCUACCACUACAGGAUCAAUGAGGACGAGAACUCUAAGCUGUAUGUGUCUUCAGAAUUUCGGUUCAACACCUUGGCAGAGUUGGUACACCACCACUCGCAACAUGCCGAUGGUCUUAUCACCCAGCUGUUAUAUCCUGCCCCAAAGAGAAAUAAACCCACUGUGUUUGGUCUUACUCCAGGUACAGUAUCCAUGUUUGCCUUUGAAGAGCCGGAUGAGUGGGAAAUUGAGAGGACCGAUAUAGCAAUGAAACAUAAACUUGGGGGAGGCCAGUAUGGAGAUGUUUAUGAAGCUGUUUGGAAGAGAUACAACAUCUGUGUCGCUGUGAAAACUCUCAAGGAAGAUACAAUGGCCCUGAAGGACUUCCUAGAAGAAGCCUCAAUAAUGAAGGAAAUGAAACACCCCAAUCUCGUUCAGCUCCUAGGGGUGUGUACUCGGGAACCCCCUUUUUACAUUGUGACGGAGUUCAUGUCCCGAGGUAACCUCCUGGACUACCUGCGCACUUGUAGUCACGAUGAGGUCAACGAGGUAACUUUGCUGUACAUGGCAACUCAGGUAGCUGCAGCGAUGGAGUAUCUAGAGGAGAGGAGCUUCAUACACAGGGACUUAGCAGCUCGCAACUGUUUAGUCGGGGAAAACCACUUAGUCAAAGUGGCCGAUUUUGGGCUGGCGCGUCUCAUGAGAGAUGACACGUACACUGCUCAUGCUGGAGCCAAAUUCCCAAUCAAGUGGACUGCACCAGAGGGUCUAGCCUAUAAUAAAUUUUCUACAAAGUCUGAUGUUUGGGCAUUUGGCAUAUUACUAUGGGAGAUUGCAACAUAUGGAGUGUCACCGUAUCCUGGGGUAGACCUGACCAAUGUGUAUCACCUUUUAGAGUCAGGAUAUAGAAUGGACUGCCCUCAGGGAUGUCCAGUAAGAGUGUACGAACUGAUGAAGCAGUGUUGGCUGUGGAUCCCUUCGGACCGGCCCACGUUCUCCCAUAUCCACCAUGCGCUCGAGACCAUGUUCCAGGAGACUUCUAUUACUGAGGAGGUGGAACAGCAGUUAGCAGCCGGUGGAGGACGGAAGGUGGUUAGAGGUUCUUCCACAGGCACACACCAACAGUGGAAUGAGGAACAGCUUCCUACUAGUCCAAGAACAUCCUCCACCAAGCAAAGAACUAAAAACAAGCAUGGUAUGAUGGAUGAAGGUAGUAGUCCCAACCUGCCAAGGGACGUACGACCGAGCCCCGGCAUCCUCUCUGCUCGUUCCACUGUAGUUCAGCUGCGCCGCACCACCAACAAGAAGGGCAAACAGGCACCAGCGCCGCCAAAGAGAACAAGUUCAUUCCGUGACAGUACCUGCACCGACCAAGACAUGCCAGCCGGGAUGGCGGGAGACGAGCUCAAUGAAUUCAAUGGUAUAGACAAAAUCUUUGAAGGCAUCCAGAAGGACCUGGCUGAUCUGGCGAGUAGCAACGAUGCCGAGAGCGAGAGCGACUUGAGAGAGAGAACGCCCGACACCGAAGACUCCGGGGCACAGUCCUUACCCACAACUCAGGGCCUCACGUCCACGCACUCCACUUUUAGAUCCGAUCCUCCGCAUUUGCAGUCCUUUAGACAAAAGUCAGGUGGGUUGCGUGACCCUAAGGCAGGUGGAGACAGAAUACGGCGAGGGAGGAUGGAGAAAUCUGAGAGCCAGAGCGGCACUAUUGGCAGCAGACACAUCACCGUUGCAGCCUUGGAAGUCCAUAAUGUCAAGAGGGCCAUCAAUCGCUAUGGCACACUGCCCAAGGGUGCAAGGAUUGGUGCCUAUCUUGAAUCUCUCCGUCAGAGUGGCCUGUCUCAAGGCGUUCCUCCUGCAGAUGAGCAGUCUUCUGAACACCAGGGGGAAGAUCAAGAUGAGCAUGGUGAUCAAGAAGAUCAGAAGGACGCUGUGGAUAAGAAUGCUGCAUCCAUGAUUCGCAGCAAUUCGACCCAGAGUGGUUUCCAGCCACAGUCGCCCUUGAUAUCUCGGCUAAGUCCACGCCUGCAGCCCUUGCGGUCCGAUAAGCGGAACAAGGAGCCCAGUUUGGCAGACCUAGAAUUCCCACCGCCUCCAUUAGAUUUGCCUCCUCCACCGGAUGACUUCAUAGAGGAGAACCAGUCGGCAACCUUGGAGUUCCCUCCACCGCCCGGUUCGGACCGCUGGUUAGGCACCUCCUCUCCAGAGUCUAGGAGACGCUUAGCUCAGAAACCUAUUCCUUCCCCCAGAGCUAGACGAAAGGCAGACUUUGCUAAUGUCAGUCCACAGAAGUUGCCAAGUUCUGCAGUGCAGGACUCUCAGCAAGGGGUGGCCGAAGGAUCUGAAUCCCCGCAGGCAGACAGGGCUACACUAAGUGUAACCAGGUGUAGGAUGAGGGAUGCAGAUGCUGAUAAGCCCCCAGUGCGAGCAAAACCUAAUCUAGAUACAAGUCUAGAUGGUGAAGCUAGUGAAGGAAGUCCAGCAUCUCGAUUUGGAGUCAGCCUGAGGCACCGAGACCAGUCCUCAGAUUCGUGCGAAAGCUUCAAGUCUACAGAGAAUCUGUCUCCUCGUCCAGGCCUAUCUAGUGCAAAAGUCAAGGGGAAGUCCAGUUCUGCUGCGGCUAAGAGUCCAGGAUCGUCAUCAGCUGAUACAGAAGGCAUGCAGACUCCAUCAUCUCCAGUAGGAGAAAGUGGACAAGCCCCAUCUUCUCCUGCAGCGGUUGAUGGCAGCCCUCCGUCUGUUGAUGCUGCCUCGUUAGCUUCCAGAGAUGGUAGCGUGGAAGAACUGUCUGCUGAGGAACCCAAGGUUGUACUGGGCUUGGGAAUCAACCAUGAAGUCAAGGAAAGUUUAGAGUUAAAAUUAGUUUCUGAAUUAAAGGAAGCUGAUGAAAAGAAGGAACAGAAAGAUGACAAGAAGGAGCCAAGUCCAGAAGGAGUGACAGGAGGAGAAACGUCACCUGGAAGCCAGAAGAAUCCCGCAGUGCAACUAGUCUCGGAGUUAUUUGAGAGCCUACGACAAAAAUCCAACAAAGUAGGGGAUACUCCACAUUUAGAUAAUGGUAAUGCAGUGAACAUUGAAUCUGACAAUAGUAAUUUAAGAGACAGUAGUAAUCAAAUUGGUUUUAAGACCAAUUUGAAGAAAGUGAAAAACACAUUUGAAAAGAGCAGUUCAGAGAAAGAGGAGAGAAAAAUAUAUUUUAAAACUCAGCUUCGGAAAACAGACACUAGUAAGGGUGAUGAUAAUGUUAACAUGGAAAGUGAUCCUCACAGUACUUUGAUGGACUUCAGAGCGCAGUUAAGAAAAACCAAUAUUGUUAAAGAGGACGAUACCAAGGCCGCGGGAGACGACACCUCUCCGAGUGAUCAGCAGGAAAACGGUUCACAAGUGCUUAGUGAAGUGAACAAAAAGGGUGAUAAUGCCGGGAAGAACGAACGGAGCUGUGACUCGGGAAUCAAGAGUGAUAUAAUGAGCGAAAGUGUGACGAGUAUUCAUAGUGAGAAGCGAGAUAGUGUUCAGAGUGAUUCUUUAAAAGUGAGUGAAGAUGAGGAUGCCAAACGUUUUAGCUCAAGUAGCAUAAGUAGUUUAAAGAAGUUGUGGGAGAAGCAGGAUGCUGAUAAACUGGCCAAGGCUGAUCCUAAUCAAACUAGUCCCAAAUAUGCUCCAAGUAUGAACAAACGGCCAGAUUUGCCAAAGUUAACUAAAAGUGAGAAAGACUCGGUUUCCGACGCCCCGGUCCUGAAAAAGACCCCUGAAGAUGAGGGCAAGGUCGGCAAGCUGGAACGGAGGGUGUGGCCGCCACCCAGCAGUAGUGAAGGGGAUGCCAAGCCAGCGGACGGGAAGCCCUCCGUGCCCGUUAAGCCUGUAGUGAAGAGUUUCAAAUUACCUCCUCCUCCUGCUGGGGUCAAGCCACCUCCACCCAAGCCAGCGGGCAUCUACGCCACCCCCUCCCUCAUCAGGCCUCCAUCGGUGCCAGUUAUUUCCGUGAAGAAGGAGGGCAAGGAUUCUGAAAAUAAAGAAAGUAAAGCAAAUAAAGAAACAAAAGAUUCUGUGUCGAAAGACAAUGCCUCUGGUAAUCCCCCUCCCAGUAUGACGUCUUCGGGAGGAACCUUGCCGAGUGACAGUGUGAGUGGGUCCUCUAAUAGCAGCACAGAGAAAGCUGGGCUAGUGGAGCAGGGCCGUGGGGUGGAAGCCUCGGUGGCGACCUUGCGGACGGAAGGGGCCACCACUACGGUCGCUGCUUGCAUCCAGUCAGCACAAAGGGUAUUAGACUUUUACCAAGCCUGUUGGGAAUACAUGGACAACAUUCCACCUCAGAGUCGAUUUCACAUGCGAGAACUUCUAACCCGCCUAGAGCUCCAGACUAGGCAGCUGCGCUCAGCAGGGGGACGCUCAAUUGAACACAAUGAAAAGCUCUUUGCAGAAAUUGAGAGCACAGUGAGGGAUGUUACCAAUACAGUUCAGCGUUAGGCUUUUAGCUAUUGUAAUUGGGUAAGAUAUUCAGAGUAAUAUGUUUUUACUGUGAACCUAACAUCCUUUUGGAAAUCUGAAAAGAGAAAUCCUUUUUAGAUUAGAGUGAUAUAUAAAAAGAUAUAGAAAAGAAACAAUUGAAUGUCAUUGCUCACAAGUCCAGACAGUUAAGUGAAAAGAUAGAAAAUGAGCAGCAUACCUUGGGGUGAUGCGAGAGGAGUUUUACACUGUUGAUUCUCAUUCUGAAUGUGCAAACGACAAUACUCCUGCAUUUAAAAUCAUUUCGAAUUACGUGCUGGUUGACGUAGAAAAGAAUGACACUGUAAAAUUGGUGACUCGGAAAAAAUUUGCUGCCCAGCGUCUACCUUUCAUGGAGCAUGAAUUUUGUCCUGGAGUUACUAAAUGCUCACAAGUUACAGGAACUUUUCACAAACUAUUCCACAAAAGUGUUCCAUGUUUGCCAGUAUGCAAGAGCGCUAUAUAUUCUGUGUAAAAAGGUGAAUGCUAGUGCGAAUACUUGUGGUUUGGCUACACUGCAUGGUGCUGGCCAGGUAUGUUCACAAUAGAGAGGGACAAACAGGAUACUUUAAAUAAUUAUUUGUACAUUAUGUAAACAAAUAGUUUCAUAGGUAGCUUUUUGCAUGCAGAAUAAAUUUGGUGUGUUAAUUCUAAUCAAAACCUGAAGAAUUAUCAACGUAAAUGAAGGUGGCAGCAGGAGAAGUUAAAUUAUGGUGGGUGCUUUUGUAGCCUAGGUUGGUUGCCAUUUGAUUUCGAAGCUGCAGACUUUUGUUUUUAUCUUUAUUAUUAUUAUAUGUAGCUCUACUGAUUUUGAACUUUACCACCUUCAUGAAGUCUGUCAUUGGUAUGUGCAUACUACUGUCCAAUUUGUUGCGAUUUGAUGUGAAAGCUAGUCUUGUGAUUUUAUUGCAUAUUCGGAGGUCAGCUAUGUGCAAUUGUCUGCACCCAUUGUAUUCCGAGAGAUGAAUAUCACGGCCCAAGAGUUAAUAGAGUUCAGUAUGGGUGCUUAGGGCCUCUACGUAAUGUUCCUGGGGCUUGUGGUUUGUCUCAAUCAUUUUUCAUCGUACGCUUCCCUUUGUUGAUGUCUUUUAAGAAUGUAUUUGUCAGUAAUAUGACAGAAUUAACUUUGUUCUUCCUUUCCUUUUACUCUCCUUUCGUUUUCCACCAUGUAGGAUCAUGCGCAGUUGAUGCAUGAGUAUGAAUUAUAUGGUUUGAUUAGGAGGACUUAAUAUAUAUUUCAGUGACUUUUUUCCAGUAAGAGAGGAGUUUCAGGUCUUGCCAACAAACCUAUGUGACAGAUGAAAGCCAUGUUUAUAAAUAGCAAUCCUCUGCUUUAUCUUUUGUGAUAUUAGUAUGUCUCGCAGGCUCACUCUUGUGUGCACAACACUUAGAAAACUUAAUUUUGUAAAGAUGUCACGACAUUGUACGAUUAUGUAAAAAGAUGACUUAAGUGUUCUUACGUAUCUGGUUAAUUGACAAUAUGUAUAAACAAUCUAUGAAAUAUAUGUAGUAUAGAUGAGUGAUGGAGUGUAAUCUCAUCUGUUGCUAGAGAACCAUAAUCAGCUGUUUGUGGUCCCAUUUAUUUAAUUGAUUAUAUAUAAUACACACAAUGUAACAUAUUUUAGCCUUUAUUUUUUAUCUUUUUUUUUUUUUUUUUUUUUCUAAACGAGAUUACCCACGCCCCUCUUUUGAAAGGGGAAGUGGUUUUUAAUUCUUCACACUACAAAAAAAGGCUGAAUGCACCUCUGCAACAGGGUCUCAUCCCCCCCCCUCCCCCCAGUUGUCACCUCCUAUGAAGCUGGCAACUCGUUUAAGACACGUUGAAUGUGUAUGUGUAUCUCCCAGGCUGAUGAUGAUGACGAUGAUGACGACGAUGAUAUUGAUGAUGAUGAUGAUGAUGCCUUCCCAAACGACAAAGGUUUAAUUAAGAAAGAGAGAGGCUGACACGUCAUUUCUUGUGUAAAGACUUGCGUUGUAACUACCUUGAUUUUUAAGGUAGUGUGGAACUUUUUUUUUUUUUUUUUUUUUUUUUUUUUUUGUGAUUCUUAUUUUGCAGGGAGAGUAUUAGGCCUGCAUCAGGGUAUGAAAAAAGGAAAAAAAAAAAAAAUAGAUAUUCAGUUCUUUCUUGACCAGGAAUGAAGUGAAAUGAAAAAAAAAAAAUCUAGUUACCUCUGUUUUUGCCCAUUUUUCAAUUUUUUUUUUUUUCCAUUAAUAAAAUAUAAUCUAUUUCAUUAGUUAAGCAUUGUGGUUAAUAUGUAGAUAAGUUUGGAAUGCUUUAUUUGAUAACAUUUAUUUAUUAAAUUUUCAGUUUCCUAAAAUUUGAAAUUGAAAGUAAUUAGGUUUAAAGAUUACUCAUCCAGUGGCUAACUCAACUCUCUCUUGUAGAAGGAGUUCUGUGCUUUUACAGACAUGAACGAAAUAGAAAGUUGUCAUUGCAGAAAGUUUCUUUUGGAAUAUUUCUGCUCUCAUUACGGUCGUUUUAUUUCAGAUUCAUAUUUAGUUUUAGUCUUUUGUGUAUAAACAACUACAUUAUAUCAACAGGGCAGAGUUAUGUAUAUUCUUUUUCUUUUUUUAUGGUACACAGAAUCUGAUGUUUGAGCAGUAUUUAUUAAAGGUGCACAGCAACAUUUGGCUUGUCAUAAUUUGCUGUUGCAUCUAAUGGUUUACACGAAGACCUCGGGGAAAAAAUGAGCAUCACCCUCAGCUGGAUUCCUGUGGAGCGUGCGUGGGCCUCCUCACUCUCUAAGCAGUGCUCUUAAGAAUUUCAAGACGAACUACAAUUAAAGAAAAAGUCAAAGAGUUUUCAGUGUGUGUUUUCUAACAUGCUGCUCUCCCCCCUCCCCCAUCACUAUGCGAGAAUUCAAAUUCAAUGUAGUGUGACUAUCAGACGAGGAAUGUUUAAACAGGUCGCAACACCUCAUUCCGACAGGCCGAACCUUGUCCCAGGAUGCUUUAAAUUCGCCCUUUUUCCCCACGCCACGCAGCUUUGUCAUUGCAAGUAUACAAUGUGAAUGUCUUCGUACAAACGCCCCUGGAUCAAAUUCUGCAUUCUCUAGACCUUUUUAGAAAGCCCAUGUAUAGAUAGCUCCUCUGGACACUGUGUGGACAAUUUGUAUGGAUAUAAAACCUAUAGGAGUUUUUAUUAUUGUGAUUUCUACGAGAAGAGACUCGUUUAGGUCCUAUCAGUAGAUACUAUAAGCUUCUCAGGCAAAACACUUGUUGGAUAAUCAGUCCCACUUUCUGUUGUUGGUAGCGUUCUGUAAACUGGUCUGAGAGAAUUCACUGGUCUCCUUGUGUUGAAAUUGGUCAUUGUUGUGUUGUCCCUUGAUAAGGCAGGCUUCAAGACCUUAGUUUUUUACGCAUGGCGGAAAUGUUUAAUUUCAAGAGGACAAAAAGAACUUAAUAGUAAUUUUUGAUAUUAUCUUGUAUUGUGUCAGAAGUACCGAUUAAUGAUGACCAGUUUCAUCCAUUGCUGACAUUUAGUUAUGAAUUUUUAAAUCUGUGUAAGAAAAAAAAAACAAUGCAUAUUAUCCAACAGAAAGGUACAUCGUCGGAUUGAAUAUAAAUGUAUGAGAUAAACACACGCACACACGCUUGUGCUCACACUCACGCUCACACUCACACUCACACUCACACUCACACUCACACUCACACUCACACUCACACUCACCCUCACCCUCACCCUCACCCUCACCCUCACACUCACACACUCACCCUCUCUCACACACACUCUCUCUCUCUCUCUCUCUCUCUCUCUCUCUCUCUCUCUCUCUCUCUCUCUCUCUCUCUCUCUCUCUCUCUCUCUCUCUCUCUCUCUCACUCACUCACUCACUCACUCACUCACUCACUCACUCACUCACUCAUUCACUCCCUCACUCACUCAUUCACUCCCUCACUCUCUCUCUCAUUCACUCACACAUCUACUUAAUUGUAUUUAUACUCUUGCUGCUAGCAUUGUAAAGCAGUUAGCCACUCAUUCUUUCUUUAAAAGUCAGUUAUUUACACUCUCACUCACUCACUCACUCAUUGGUUCUCUCUCGAAGGUAUCCUUUCAACGCCACACCAAAGCACCAUCGCACUCACUCAAACCCACCUUGCCUCUCACUGACAGGUUCUCUCGCUGGCAUCCAAUCAGACACAUUCUCUCUCUCACACACACUCACUCACGGCCAUUCUUUAUCUCACAAGAUAACGCCCACCCAUAAACACACACAUACUCACACGUAUAUACAGCCACUCUCUGACAGACACACCAGCUACGCGCGCACGUCCAAAUUCUCACUCUCACUCUCACUCACACUCACACUCACACUCUCACUCUCACUCUCACUCUCUCUGACUCACUAGCCACACACACACAUCAGUGAUUGAAAAAAGCAGCAUCUGCGGAGGGGGGAGGCUGGCAAAGAGAAAAAGCUCUAGUUGUGUAUAUAUGCAGUGGACUGUAAUAUAAUAUCAGCUGUUGUCUCUUUUUCACGGAGGACCAAUUUUCGAGAGAGAAAAAAAAAACGUUCUAGAUUACAAUAGAUUUUUGGGCCUUCCGGAAGUACGAAGAUGAUGGAUAGUAAUGGAGAAGAUGGUGAUGUUGAGGAUGGUUUUGUGAAGUAGACGACGGCGUGUUUGUAGAUGUACUUGCAGUGGCAGACGAGAGAAAGCAGCUAGGAUAUUCUUUCUUUUUUUUGUAAUUUAUUAUUUGCCAACAUAUUCUGUGAUUAUUUUCGAUGCUUUCACGUCUCUGGUACCGACACUGGUAUACUCACAUUUUUAUGAAACAUAUUUAAAUAUAAUCAAAUAAAGAAAGCUGGAGAU